UCAAUAACAUCCGUAUUCUUGUGCAUCUAUCACAAUCUAUCAUUAAGACUGGUACGAACUUGAUAAUGUUCAACUCAUUAUUUCGUGCCUGCCCAACUUGGUUAGAGAGCCAAGUAACAGCAGCAUAUUUUAAGGCUAAAAGUUUUUCUACUAACGGAUUUCGUGGAACUCACAGCAUCUGUAGUACUGUUCAACAGUCAGACAUGAAGGUCCAGAUAUUGCCAGCACUCCAGGAUAAUUAUAUGUAUCUUAUAAUUGAUGAGGAGUCUCGAGAGGCUGCUAUAGUUGAUCCUGUAGAUCCUAACACUGUGGCUUCUGCUGUUGAAAAAAAUAAUGUUAAUCUUACCAAAGUUUUAACGACACACCAUCAUUGGGAUCAUGCUGGGGGAAAUGAGAACCUAUGCAAAAAAUUCAACAACCUACAAGUAUAUGGUGGAGAUGAUCGUAUUGGUGCAUUAAAUUGUAAAGUCAAGCAGGGAGACACUAUCAAAAUUGGAAACCUAGAAGUUACUUGUUUGCAAACACCAUGUCAUACCAGUGGUCAUAUUUGCUACUAUAUAACUAAUGGAUCAGAGACUCCUGCAGUAUUCACUGGAGAUACUUUAUUUGCCGCUGGAUGUGGACGCUUUUUUGAAGGCACUGCAGAGCAGAUGUACAAGGCUCUGAUUGAAAUACUUGGGAAGUUACCUGACGAAACGAAUGUUUACUGCGGACAUGAGUACACUGAGAACAACUUGAAAUUUGCGGUUUACGUGGAACCGGAAAACCAAGAUAUUCUUAAGAAGAUAGAAUGGAGUAGAGAGAAGCGAGAAAAACAAGAGCCAACCGUACCAUCUACGAUUGGUGAGGAGAAACGUACGAAUCCCUUUAUGAGGGUUCAUAUACCAUCAGUCAUGUCCCAUGUUAAUGAAACAGAUGCUAUUAAAACAAUGGAAGCCUUGCGGAAAGAGAAGGACAGCUUUAAAUGUUAAGAUUGGAUGGCAUUUUAUGGAAUAAAAGGUACUUGGAAAGGCCACAAUACCUUUUAUUGAGGAAUAAGAUAAUCGUGUGCAAUUGUAAUUAAGAUUAAGGCUUAAAAUUACUACAAACUUACUUCCAUCACCUAUAUCAAUGUAUUAAUUUUUCUUCACGAGCCAUCUAUUAGAAUGGCAGCUACUCUUAUUCCUUCCAGUGUUUAUAUCUGUUACAAUGAUGCAGCCAAUGGAGCAAGAUUAUAGACAGGAAACUUACAAUUCCAUAUUUCGUAUAUUAGACGCACAAAUAAUAACUAUUAUUAAUAAAAAAAAGUUCUGUUUA